CACAGGUCCCUGAGGACCUACAAGUGAUUGAUUUUAUCACUGUCCAAUGCAACAUUUCACAUGAGCAAGACAUCCUGCUCAAUGCAAGCACAAAAACAAGCUUCACUGUUGAUAUAAACAACAUGAGCAGUGACAUAAGACAAACGCAUUUCUAGUAGAUGAAAAUGAAGGAAAUGAUCAUCUGAACAAUAUUCAUAGGUUCCAGCAACAACCUGUUUUUCCCGCAAUGGCAUUGGAUCACAUUUCGAAUUUGCCAAGCGAUAUCUCAGUUGACCGAAUCCACCUAUGCAGCACUUUCCCAAUGAAUUUCCUCCAAAAUAGUAACAAUGAUAUUGUCUAUAAUUUUGAUCAAGGUUCACAUGAGUCUUUGGGUGAGGUGAGGCUUCGAGCUGAUAGUGAUGCACACAAAUUGCAUAGUAAUAUUCGAGUUAAUGAGGGAACAGAAAACAUGGAGCAGCAAGUUGUUGAUGAUCAAGACUCAAUUAAACACAAGGGUGGAAGAACUGCAAAUCAUUCAGCUUCAGAUUGUACUGAUCAAUUUGAUGACGACGGUGGCACAAAUUAUAGGAGGAGAACAGGAAAAAGGCCUCAAUCCAAAAACCUUGUGGCGGAGAGGAAGAGAAGGAAGAAACUUAACGAAAUCGCUCUUUGGUUCCCAACAUUUCUAAGGUGAUGAUCAUGGCCUUCUAUCAAGAUCAUUAUCAAUAAGGCAAUAACAUGCACCACCUCUACAAUUACCAUACUUCUUGGGACCACUUACAACAUCUUUAUAAUUAGUUGAUCAUUAUCCACUCAAUUCAUGUAUCAA